AUGCGCUCCCAGCAAAACAAACGGCCGUUUUUGCCAGGCCGACCGAGAGCGCAUGCGCGCGCCCGCGGCUGCCAGCCCGUCGAGGUACAGUUUUACGCUGGGGCACGGUUUAUCAAUAAGCGCGACUGGGCCCGCGGCGGCCGGCGCCGGCUCGCGCGCAUGCGCCGUGCGCCUGUCGGACCGGCGACGUGCCGGAGCGGCAGUCGUCGGGGAGCGGGGGCGCGCGAAGGUCCCGUGAUACCUCUCCGCGCCAGCGCCAUGUCGUCCGCCGCCUACGGCCGCGGCCACCGCCAGUCGUGCUACCUGUGCGACCUGCCCCGCAUGCCGUGGGCCAUGAUCCACGACUUCAGCGAGCCCGUCUGCCGCGGCUGCGUCAACUACGAGGGCGCCGACCGCAUCGAGAUGGUCCUCGAGAACGCGCGCAACCAGAAGCGGGCGCACAGCUUCCAGGAGGCGCGCCACGCCGGCAAGCCACACGCCACGUCUCGCGCGCCGCACGACGCCCAGAACGGCGUGAUGGCGGUGAACCUGGAGGCGCGCGGCCUACCGACAGGACCGGGUGGGCCGGGCGGACCGGGCGGGCCGAGCGGCCCGCACCCGGGCAUCACCUACACGCUGCACCGGGCGCGCGCGCUGCCGGUGGCCGAGCACCCGGCGCCGCACCCGCGGCUGCCGCACCCGCCGGCCCACUGCGAGCUGCCGAUGCCGCACCCUUCUCAGCUGGCGCACGGCCGUCCGGGGCCGCCGCUGCCGCCCAACAAGCGGCCCUCUGAGCGGCCCUCCGAGGAGAGCGACCACAAGCGGCCGAUGCUGGAGGAGCUGCCGCCGCACCACCGGCCGCCGCUGACACGAGGCGAGUCGCUGCCGGCCGCCGGCUACCCGUACGACCAGCGCUUCAAGGAGAAGCUGCCGGCGCGCGUCUACAGCCUCGACAACAGCCACAAGCCGGCCGGCAUGGUGCCGGUGCCGCUGAACGGUCUGGCCGUCUCGACAUCAUCUGGCGCGCCGCCGCGCAGCUCGCCCUCUGGUCAGCUGCCGGCCGGGCCGGGCGCCUCUCCGAUGGCCGCGCUGCAGGAGCUGAUGCCGCCCGGCUCACCGCGCAACAGCGGCAGCCCCGGCUCGUCCUCGACCCGGUCCGUGUCGCGCAGCUCGCAGCACUCGCCCAACUCGUCGGGUAGCGGACCGGGCGCGGCCGGCGCCGUCACCGCCGGACGCCGCUCCUCCACAUCGCGCCACUCGACCUCAGAGGGCGUGGUGGCCGAGCAGGGCGUGGCCACGUCCACCGUCACCGACCCGGUGCCCAACGCGCUGCUCAAGUGCACCCUGUGCCAGGAGCGGCUCGAGGACACCCACUUCGUCCAGUGUCCCUCCAAGAACCACCACAAGUUCUGCUUCCCCUGCUCCCGCGACAGCAUCAAGCGGCAGGGCGUCGGAUCAGAGGUGUACUGCCCGAGCGGAGAGAAGUGCCCACUGCAGGACUCCAACGUGCCGUGGGCUUUCAUGCAGAACGAGAUAUCCACCAUCCUGGGCGGCGAGGAUAUACCGGUGAAAAAGGAGCGCGAGCCCUAGUCGUCGGGGCACACCAUCCCCUGGGCGUCUUGUUUACGGGCUGACCGAUGUCGCCCGAUUGUUGCGUAUUGCGCUCGGGCCGAGCUGCCCGAGCAGAGAUCGAGCGCGCAUAGCUGGCGCAGGAAAUUGAUAGGAGGCAUACGACUGGUGGUGCUUGUUUCUUGAUGUUACACGUCCUAGGUAGGGAAAGAUCAGGCUGUCAAGUUUUGUGAAGCAAGCAUCCUGCUGGUUUGUGGGAGAGUUUUUGCAGACGGAAUGGCAUGACAAAGAUUGUCAUCGUUGUACAUAUUUCGCUCUUUCCGGGCUAGAGCUGCUUCUACUUUUUAUAGAUGGUGAAUGCCUAGUCAGCACGUUUGUAUGCGGACGUGUCCGGCGUCUGUUGGUUGCGCGACUGGAGGGAGGCCCGGUGUUCGAUUUCGUCGCGGCGAGCCGAUGUGUUGUGGCGCUGGACUGGGGUGGUCGGGCGGGUGCAACUGGAGGCGCACGUGGCGGGCGGUCUGAGCCGAGGCUCCUGCCCUCCGCGUGAGCCGGCGCCUGCCUGCCUGCCAUCUUUGUUGUAUUUCUGCAUUGUUUGUUUUGUCGAUGAGCGGCAGGCUCGCCAGCGCUUGUUCUCUUUGGGACCACUGAGGUGAUUUUUUAUUCGGUGACUGAUCUCACCACAUGCACACAUACCUGCACCUUGAUUGAUUAGCCCCGCUCCUCCCCUGGUUAGCUUGUAAGACCGCCGCCUGUACCGGUGCCGUCUGUUGUCGGAUCAUUAUUUGGUUGGUGGCCGUCGCGGCGCAUUGACGCGCCGCGCGCCGUUUUGAUUUAUAUUCGAGUUUUGGCCGAGUUGUAGGCGUUGAUUUCGCGCUGUGCGCAGCCGGCUGGGUGCAUAUAGCUGUGUUAUAAGUGCGCGCUGUUUACCGCCGGGCUCGACUGGGCGGCGAUUUUUGGUCGUUGAACGCGCGACAUGCGCCGCGGUGCUUGCGUGGCGAAUGCGAUGCCACCCGCGUUGGCGGACAUUUGUUUUUGAAUUGGACGACGGACGGACGAACGUAACCGAUUCAGAGCGACACACUUGGCUGUUCGGCUUUAGAAAUAAAGAGGAGACUGAUUGCA